AUGACCCUUGGGAGCUACCUUAUCGCCAGGUAUAAAGGACACUCCAGGGUUUGGGAAGAGCUUCUGAACAAAGUAUCCUCAUCUGAUUCCUGCAUAUGUGCCAAAGACAUCAGGCCUAUAUACCACAUGCAUCCCAAUGAGUCGGGCUGCCAGCCCCCUAGGAAAUGCUCGAAAUGCCAGACAAUUCAGAGAAGCGGCAUCGAGGAUGGUGAAUUUUCAUCAGGUAAACGGCAAGCGGUAUAUACGUGGCCCUUUACAUCCAACAAAGGCCGGCCAGCCCAUCCGCCUACCAAGCAGCUGAAAUCGUUACCAACAAAACAUCAUGUAAUUCUGGAGAGUCAUAGGGAUGGCCAUACAACAUCAGAGACCACAGUGUCCGAAUAUUUGGCUCAAACAACAGGGCCUGUCCCAAUCCCCCAAGCAUCACGCAACAUAUAUCCACCUCUAUACCAGCCGAUAUGGUCCAACACGUAUAGGACCCCUCAUCUCGAUUACCUAUCUCCGAACGACGCGCGAAAAUAUAAGGGCCCAGAUCAAAACAAUUGGGACUUGGAGCUCGAUAAGUGUGCAUAUAGCGUAAACAAUUGUGCGACUAGUCUUUUACAAAAGCAGAGGGCAGAACGUGGAUAUUGGGAAGAUACGAGAAGCUCUGGUGAAAUCUUUAUGAUUAACGAAUAUAAUAGUAUAGAGAACUUUUAG